AUGGACUUUAAGAAGGCCAAGAUUUAUUUGGGACCGAAUUUUGGGGGACGACGGCUGAACUGGAAGAACGGCUGCGAUGGAGAAACUAGCGCUAGAGCCACAUCCGGAGCAUCAGUAAAACUCGACGCAGUGCCAGACUCGACUACAAACAAGCCUGCGCUAUCAGAGGAGGAAAUGGAGAAACGCUCUAAAUCCAUUAUUGAGGAGUUUCUACACAUAAAUGAUUACAAAGAGGUCUUGCAUUGCGUGGAGGAACUGGACCAGGGCGAGAUGCUGUACGUUUUUGUUCGGGUGGGUGUGGAGACCACGCUUGAGCGAAACCAGAUCACACGUGACCACGUGGGUCAUCUGUUCCAUCAGCUGCUGCAGGCUGGGAUCCUCUCCACAUCUCAGUUUUUUAAAGGGUUCUCAGAAACCCUCGAGAUAGCAGAUGAUAUGGCGAUUGACAUUCCUUAUAGCCAAAAGGAAGUGAAGGCCUUAUGGAGGGACUCUAAACUGAGCUGGGCUGAUUUUCUUCCUGAAACCGUGAAUGGGAACAACUUCAUUACUGAGCAGGUGAGCUGUGAGAACUCGUUCGAUGUCCAGCUGCGAGAGCGAAAAGCGGCGCUGGAAACAUCCCGGGCGGACGCUCACUUAUCACAGGCCCAGCGCACCUACAACGCGGCCCGCCCAGUCAGUCCUCCAGCAUUGCAAAUAAAAGAUGGCUCAGCAUUUUACUUGGAGCUUCACAAUAUGGCUGAAUCACAGCUGCUAAAGAACAUAGGGGAUGUGAUAGCAGGAGUGCUUCCGGACCUUCCUGAUCAACUUGUUAAGUCCGUUGAAGAUACUUUAAAAACACUUGGUGCGGCAACCACAGAUGAUUUAAAGAACAUCACAGAAAACGAUUUGCUGCCAGUGUUAAAGCCCAUACAAGCACGAAGACUGGUUGCUGCCUGGACCCAAAAUAUCUCCGGGACUUCAACACCAAAAUCUGUGUAUUCAUCUCCAGUGGUUGUCUUUCCCUCUGCACCCACAAUUUCUUCUUCACCAGCGUCAUCCACCUCUACAUCAUCUUCAGGAAUCUGUACACCAUUAAUACCAAACUGCUUAGAGCGAUUUGAAAUCCCAUGGCAGAGGCUCCCUGAGGAGUUAAUACAGAACUUGGAAAGACAGAAAAGACCAAGUGCAAGACAACGAAGAGAAAUGGUGAGGAUCGUGGUCUCUGAAAUGAUGAAGAUUUGCAAGAAUCCAACCAAACACAACUUCUCAAGCUUCAGACUGAAAGAGGUCAGUCCAGUGGUUGCUCCCAAGAGGUCAUUGAGAUGCUGCUUCUUUUACUGGCUCAUUUUGAUGAGAAGGAAGAGCUUCUGUUCCACUGUGUUGAGACGACAAGCCUUGCAGAGGAUGUUCAGAUGGAGAAAGUGCCACCAACACCCUUCAUUAUUGUUUGUGGUCAUGAUGGAGAACAGACGCUCAAAAGGCAUCGGGUAUGUGACGUUUUCAUCUCCUGAUGAGGCUCGAGUAGACAUCAUGGAGAUGAACGGCAGGGUGCUGGGCAGCAGGACUGUGUACUUAAGUCCCUCUCAGACCACCCAGGGACGAAGUCACGGCAUGAAGGUAGAAACCAUCUCGCCUUCAAAACCCUGCCCAGACCCAAGACCCAACGCCAACAAGAACAUCCAUCCACAGAGUGGUACUGCACAAUUGACGGUCCAAAGGCUUUGGAUUUGUCUGAUAUUCCUCUCUGGAUGAAGACACUAAUGCCAUCAGAGAGUUGAAUGGAAAGCUGGUGAGCAGGAGGUCACUGUGUAUCACUAUGGCUGAGCAGUGGACAGGGAGC